CUUGAACUUGAACUUUUCCUCCACCGAAUUCGAAGAAAUGUCGAAACGAGGAGGAUCUCCCCCAGCAGAAGGAACUCUCGUCAAGAGAGCCAGAGCCACCCCUCCACCUUCCAAUCAAAUUGCCAUAUCUUCAUCGAAUGACGAACGGUCAAAAGGCCUCAUUCGAACAGUAAAACGAACAAGUAGCUUGGAAGCGCCAAUUAUCAGCCUUGCGGGCGCUCAUUCUUUCUGGAGCGUAGGCCUGAAAUUCCUAAGUUGUCGCUUCGACCCAACAGGUCAGAAUAUAGCUGCCUGCUCAGCCGACCGGAGUGUCUCCUUCUGGAGAACAUAUCCACCAAACUCAAACUAUGGUCUUCUCUCAAAUUUCUCCAAGGCGCCUAUAUUAGAUCUCCAAUGGUCGCUUUGCUCCCCCACACUAUACACCGUUGCUGCAGACCACACGCUCUGCCUGACAGACGUGACCACUGGUCACCGGAUACGCAAAAUUCGCGCUCAUCGCGAGAUAAUAAACAGUGUUGACCGGACUAUGGCCGGGGGAGCUGGUACCGAGCUUGUCGCUACGGGUUCAGAUGACGGCACCGUGAAAAUAUGGGAAGGUGGAGAGGAAGGAGGAAAACAGGCCGUGGCAACGUUCGAUAUAGGAUGCCCUGUCACGUCGGUAUGCUGGGGAGCCGACGGCGCAAAUGUGUAUAUUGGCGCUUUGGACAACGAAAUCCAUGUAUACGAUCUUAGAAAAAGCCAACAAGUGUACACGCUUACGGGGCAUAACGAUACGCCAACGUCAUUGGCGCUCUCUCCGAACGGAAACUACCUUCUCUCUCCCUCCUUCUCGUCGCACACCAUUAUCCAUGAUAUCCGACCCUUCUCUUCCUCUCCGACACGGAUACAUCGUGUCUUGCAGGGUGCACCGGCUGGAUUCGAGAACACCCUUCUACGAGGGGCAGUGUGUAUAUGGGACGCCGACAGUGGCAAGAUAUUGUACAAACUUCCUGGCCACAAGGGAACAGUCACUUCAGUAGACUUCCACCCCAAGGAACCUAUCAUCCUCACCGGCAGCAAAGACGGCACGAUGAUCUUGGGAGAAAUCGAAGCUGGAAUGAAGGUGUAGGGCUAGCGUAUUACGGCGAGUGAUGUACAUAGCAGGA